CUGAAAAGAACAAAAACCCAAAUGAUACUGAAAAGAACAAAAACCCAAAUGAUGCUGAAAAGAACAAAAACCCAAAUGAUGGUGAAAAGAAAAAAAACCCAAAUGAUGGUGAAAAGAAAAAAAACCCAAAUGAUGCUAACACGAAAAAAAACCCAAAUGAUGCUAACACGAAAAAAAACCCAAAUGAUGUUAACACGAAAAAAACAUCAAAUGAUGCUGACAAGGAAAGAACAUUAAAUGAUAAAGAAAAAACUGUUAAUUUUAAUCAGAAAAAAGACGACAAUUUAAAUGUUGAUAAUAAGAAAGAAAACACAUCAAAUGAUGCUGAGAAGGAAAGAAUAUCUAAUGCUGAUGAAAAUGUGAAGGAUGAGAAUAAAGAAGCAGAAAAAAAGAAAAAGAAAAGAAAAAAGAAAAGAAAAUCUAAAAAACCAGACAAUAAGGAAAAUGAAGUUACAUUAGUAUCAAAUGAUGUAAAAUCUGAUCAAUUAUUUCAAGAGGAUAAGAACGAAAUACAAAAACCUUUAGUAGAUAAUGAAGUUGCUGAUUCAACUGCUGAACAAAAUCCAGACAAAAAAGUGUUUGUCAUAACAUAUUCAUGGCAAAAUUUAAAGGACAUAAAUGAUAAGGCUAUGAAAUUAAAUCUUGAUGAUCAAAAGAAAGAAUCAAACUAUACAAAUAAAAAUAAGAAGGAUCAAGAAGUCCUUUUAAAUUUGUUCGGUAAACCUUAUUCACUACGCCAAAGAAGACAGAAAAUAGAAUCUGUUGAAGAUUUGGCGAAAGAAUUAGAGAAGAAAAAAAUAAAAAAAGAAAAUCAGAAGAAGAAAGACAAGGAUAACAAAAAAAAAAGAAAAUACCAUAAAAAAGAAAGAAUACAUAAUAAUAAAAAUAAUAAUUAUUAUAAUAAUAAUAAUAGCAAUAAUGGAAAUAAUAAUAACAAUAAUGGAAAUGGUAAUAAUAAUAAUGGAAAUGGUAAUAAUAAUAAUGGAAAUGGUAAUAACAAUAAUGGAAAUGGUAAUAACAAUAAGGGAAGUGGAAAUGGUAAUAAUAAUAAUGGAAAUGGUAAUAACAAUAAGGGAAAUGGAAAUAGUAAUAACAAUAAUGGAAAUGGUAAUAACAAUAAUGGAAAUGGUAAUAACCAUAAUGGAAAUGGUAAUAACCAUAAUGGAAAUGGUAAUGACAAUAAUGGAGAUAGUAAUAAACACAUAUUGCAGAAUGGGGUGAACAAAAUUAACAGUACUGAAAAUGAAUUACCUAUUCAUAAUAAUAGUGAUAAUAUAAAUAAUAUCACAAAUAAUACGAAUUCAAAUGUAACAUGUGAGGAGAAUAAGGAAUUAAAUAAAGAUGUAAAUACUAAUGAAGAAACGAGUCAGAUACAGUUUCAAAACGAUGUUACACAAGUAUCACAAAUAAACGAACUGACAUUAGAUGUUCAUAACGAAGAUAAUAACAAAAAUUAUGUAGAAACUAAUGAACAGAACAUAGUUGAUCAUCCACUAUUAAAAGAUGAAGAAUAUAAUGAGAUGGAUAAGUCUCAAUUUUAUCUGAAACAAUUAGAAUCAUGCGAAGGCAAUAUUUGUGUAGCUAAUUCCGUUCAAGAUAUAAGAAACGCAUCUUCAGAAAAUGAAAAAGACAUUCUUCCUGUACAUACGUUUGAAUCCUUAAGUAACAGCAAUGAUAAUAUAUUUAGGAUUUCAGAUUAUAUAAGAAAUAAUCUCACAAGUUAUAGACAAAUUUUAAAUGAUCAUGAAUUAGAUAUUCACGAAAGGAAAUGUAUAGAAGAAAUAAUAAAUUUCCAUGAUUCGAAAUUGAAAUGGAUAGAAGAAAAUGAAAAAGUAGAAAAGAAAGAUAAUAACCAAGAAGAGUCAUCAAUACAGAACAAUAAUAUUAACGAACUCACAAAUAGUCCUGAAGAAAAUAAUGAAGAUAUAAAUAAAUGUUUUGAAAAGUUCAAUAUAGCAUCUAUUGAUGAAAUAGUUGAUAAUAUGAUUGUUGAUAAGGCUCUUGAUAAGGUUGACGAUAAGGUUAUUGAUAUGUUUGUUGAUAGGGUUUUUGAUAGGGUUGUUCAUAGGGUUGUUCAUAGAGUUGAUGCUAAAUUUGAUGAUAUGAUUGUACAUGGGUCUCAUGAUAUGAUCGUUGAUAAGGUUGAUAAUAAUGUUGUUGUUCAUAAUGUUGUUGAUAAUAAUGUUGUUGAUAAUGUUAUUGAUAAUGUUAUUGAUAAUGUUAUUGAUAAUGUUAUUGAUAAUGUUAUUGAUAAUGUUGUUCAUAAUAAUGUUGUUGAUAAUGUUGUUGAUAAUGUUGUUGAUAAUGUUGAUAAUAAUGUUGAUAAUAUUGUUGAUGAUGUUGUUGAUAAUGUUGUUGAUGAUGUUGUUGAUAAUGUUGAUAAUGUUGAUAAUAUUGUGUGUGAUAAUCAUAAAUAUAGUUCUUUUCUUAAUGCACAAAUUAUUCAAAACAAUCAAAUAUCAGAUAAAGAUGAUAUUAUUGAUGAAAACAGAAAAUAUGAGGAAUCAUAUAUUAGUAGUAUGAAUAAAGAUACUAAAUCGAUAAUACAAGAAAGAACCAAUAAUAUUAAAAUAUCACGUAACGAUACAUUAUAUUAUGAGACAGAUAAUAAAAAAACUGUAUCACCAAAACAUAAACAUAAAAAACGUACUUUUUAUAGAUCUAAUAGUGGAUUAGUUAAAAAAAUAAAAAAUGAAAAUGAUCAAAAGGAAAAUAAAGAAUUUAAGGAAAAAGAAGAAACAAAAGAACAAGGAGAAAAAAAAGAAAAUGAGGAAGAAGAAAAGAAUGGGAAAAUAACACAAAGUAUUUUUGAUAUUAUUUAUAAUCAUUAUGUUAAUGAUAUAAAUCAAAAUACUGUUAAACCUAAUGAAAGUUAUAGUAGAAAAGGUAGUAAUGAAAGUAAUAAUAAUAAUAAUAAUAAUAAUAAUAAUAACAAUAAUAAAGGUAUGAAUUUAGAUAUAUUUUUAAAUAUUACUAAGCAAUAUAAAAUAUUAAAAAAUUUACUUACUAAAGGAGAAUUAGAACAAAUAUUCAUAAAAGAAUCUAAAGGAAAUACAUCUAUUCAAUCAAAAACAUUUAAAAAAGUUUUAAUGAUAUGUGCUCAAAAGGGUUUUAGUAAACCACCACAUAAUAUUAAUUUUACAGAUAACAAGAAAAUAUAUACCACCUUAAUCCAAUGGAUUCUAAAUCAUUCACCUGAAAAUCAAAAACAAUUAAUCUUAAAAAGUUCAGAUAUAACUAAUAUGAAUUUUUCAAAUGAUAGUCAUAAAACUAUCGAUUUUAAAAAGGCAAAUAUCAGAACUUUGUCUGAUUCAAAGUAUGGAUCAUUCAAAGGUAAACAACACUCUUCAAUCUUUAUGAAAAAAGAAAAAUAA